UCCUAACACUGCGUUGACUGAACAUGCCAUUAUGAAAAUAAAUGUUACAAACCAGAAUUAUAUAUGCAAGUUAUUUGCAGUACAUUACUAAUGGUUAACAGAUGUACCGAAUAUCUUGUAGUUGAUGACAAAUCCCAGCAAACAAAUGGUGCGCACUACAUUUAUGAAAGCCGCACCAAACAGCCGUUAAGAUGAGCAGAUUACUCGGUUAAAAGCGGUUUGGUAAAAAAAGUGUCCUAGCAGGAACGGAGGGUUCGCUCCGUUACAACGGGAUAUGGCGAAUAGACUCACUCACCCAACAGAAAUGCAUCUCCCUGUUCCUCAAUGCCUCCCAAUCUAGAGGGCCUAAAACUAACCACAAAAAUACAUUGCGCCACUGCAACUUUCACAGAAGUGUUUCAGGAACAGCAAACUGUAAUCAUUUUGCUAUAAUUUCUCCUUCAUUUCUGCUGAAGGUUGUCUUGAGCAGAAAUAUACGCACAUUAUUUUUUCACCAAUAGAUGGCAGCAGCGAUACACAUUAGAAAGGUUACAGUGGCUAGCAUCUGGAACAAGUCCUUCCAUUAGUUCCCUUUCCCCUACGCUUCGGUUCUACGUCUAGGAAUAUUAUGUCCUUGAGCACCAAAACUUUGAUUUUCUGCAACUUUGUUGUCUACAAAUAAGGAUAUGAGUACCCCAAAUCCCACUCUGCCUCUCACUAUGGACAACUCUUAAGUAGGAGAGAGACCACCCCCUAUCUCAGUUUGAUUCCUGUACUAACGCUGCGUGUAGAGGUGAGCCCAGGUAUAUCUAGUUAAUACCUGUCAAACUCUCACGCCAGCUCUGGCUCUUUUCCCAUCAGUGAGGUAAAAAUAUGCCAAGAGUUAGUUUCUGUCAUCUGAGCAAAUGAUUCCUGUGCCUACUCUGCUACUGCCCCUUGUCUGUCAGUCAUUGCACCCGAUCCUUACCCUGAACCUGGCGGGUGGUGGGCCCACAUGGUCUCUUUGGCCUAAGCCUGUCCGAGGUACGUGGGCUACUCGGCCACCAGGCUUGGCUCCAGGGGUGGGUCUCGGUAACCCUAUUUCGGGAAGGGCAGACUUACUUGUAUUUUUGCAUUCAUGCACACACACACACACACACACACUUACAUUACACACACAUUUACAUUUCCUGCCCCUAGUUCCAAUGUUCCAGUCCCAGUUCUAAUGUCUAGACCAUGCUGUCCUUGCCCUUUGAAGUUUCCUAGGGCUCGGAACAGGCCAAAUGGUGGAUAAGAGGUCAGACAUUUCACUCCCACAGAUCAUGUCAACAGUUCAGCAGUCACCACAGCUAAAUGCUGUGUCAAACUGCAGCCGUGGUGUUCUGUGAUCACCAUGGUAACAGCAGAGCCCCGCAAGUUUAUGAGAAGGCCAUUUCCUGGACAGAGGCCGAGGUGGGGCAGGUUCAAUUCCAUGAGCUGAACAAUGAGAAAAUUGGAAAGUGCAGUUUUGAGGUGUGGAUGGAUGCCGGCACUCAGAUUUUCUUCUCCUCUGGUAUCUGCAUGGGAUGUCUCGUUGCUCUGGGCAGCUACAACAGAUUUAACAAUGACUGCUUGAAGUCCUGGGCGUUCAUUGUGUUUCCCUGGGCGAUUGCCAUGAUGCCCUUCCCACAGUUUUGGAGAGUCUGCUUCUUUCUCAUGAUCAUCCUGCUUGGAUUGGACUCUCAGGGGAUCUUUGUGUUCUCACUGGUGUGGUGGCCUCCUGUAACCCUGGCCAAGGGGGUGGUGGCUCCAGGAUGGGUGAUAGUUCUGGGCUGGCUGCUCUAAUGCGUCUCCACUGCCCCUGUGGACCACUUAUGGCCUGCUCACCACUCCUGGCAGCUUGCGCCAGGUGCAAUCAGUGGGGCGCUGUCCAUGCCGAUCAGUUCCGACACACGACUGCUGCCCAUGGAGCUGCAGGCAAUGGGAAUCAGGAAGGGAGGGAGAGACAGAGAGAGAGGGUGCCUCCCAAUACUCGACAAAUGCAUCCUCCUUCCCUCCACUAACGCCUCAUCUCCUCCAUGCUGUGGAAGCUGAUCUUUGCAUCCUCCCUCCCUUCAAUGUCGCCAUGUUGGAAGAGACGAGUGACAGACCACCCCACUAAAUCUGACACAGUCCAAACCUUAUAAAGUGGAGACAGCAAAGGACUUCAGUUAUGAAAGGCUGAGGAGCUUAAGAUGGCCACCCAGCUAUCUGGACCCAUCAUGCCUAUCAAGAAUGAGGAAUCCUUGAUGUUCUACGAUCACCACGGUAACAGCAGGGCUCUACAAGCCUAUGAGAAAAUGUCACCGCAGUGGAAGGCUGUGUUAGGAGGCGGGCCAUUGGCUGGACCGAGACGAGGGUCACAGGAGUUGCUGCAGCCUAUCCCAGCAUGCACUGGGCGAGAGGACAUGUUUCUUCCACACCAAACCUUA